AUGUUUAAACGGUCAGUUUCGGAAGAUAAAAGAAUUUUUGCGAAAAUGAACAACACACAGAAGCCCUCGAAUAACUCCAAUAUGACGGAACAGGACCCAAACAGGGAAAUUCAAGACUUUAUAAGUGAAGGAAUUUCAAAUAUCAUUCUUUCAAAAGCGGAAUACCAUGGAGAAAAUUUGACGCCUUUGAGUAAGGAAACGUACAACUUGAACUCGAAAAAUAUCUACUAUAUGAAUUUCUCACCUAAGAAUGAUGAUACAAGCACGUCUGCUCUGACUCACAACGAUGACUACAUGGAAUUAAUGGUAAACGCAGAUAUGUCAUACAUGACAACCCUCACAAAAAAUGAAGUUAAUGGAAACGAUACGAACCACGUAAGGACCAUGGAUAACCAACUGUUACUCUUUGGAGACAAACUGGACAACUUUGAGUCUAGUCUGUCUUAUCAGUUUGGGAUCAUUGACACCAUAAAAAAUGCUCUUGGAUCGAACCCAAAUGAAAACUACUCUGAUCUCACAAUCAGUAGUCCGGAUAGUGGCCAAAUGAUGAUAAGUAGGCCAGAUUUUCAAGACGACAAGUCCGAAGGAAUUUCGAAAAACUUUUGUAAUGAACUUACCUAUGGUGAACAUAUCAUCUACAAUAAGAUUGACACGCUCCAGAAAAUGAUUAAAAACAUGGUAAUGACCAUGCACGAAAAGUAUAAUGUUGACUCCAACCUGAAGUACGAUGCUUUCCCUAGGGAUAGUACAAAUGAGUCAAAUUAUGAUUUUACAUUGGCACAAUUGUUCUCUCAAAAGAGUCCCAGGAGAUCAUUUUUGAAGAUUCUGGCAUCUCAUGGAGUUAUAGGAUCUUUUUUCGGGUCUAACGGACACCGAGUUCAGGCUCUACAACAGGAAUUUAGUGUAAACGUUUCCGUUACCACUAAAAGAAUACACUUCCCAGGAUCCAAUAACAAGGGCGUUCUUCUCAUCAACGGCAAACUCUAUAAUAUUCUUAAGGUUCUCAGGCCUCUCUACAGGGCUAUUCAGGAGGAAGUUAUAAGGCUUUUAAUAGAUGAAUCUGUUAGAAUCGAGCCAUCUAAAAUAAGGCUUGAAAUUGAAGUUCUUAUUCCGGAAUCUCUCAGAUUCACAAUGGAUCGGAACAAACACUUUAAACAGAUAAUGGACAUGACUGGGGCGAAUAUUCGCGUUAUUAAACAAACUUAUGAGGAUGGUCCUGUUCAGGAAAGGGUUCUUGUUCUCUUUGGAUCUCAAAAUGAAGUCGAGUUGGCACUCGAAAAGAUUGCUCUUAUGAUUCAGGACGACACUGGGUUCAAACACUACACUUAUAUGAAUUACCCUGAGCUGACGAUUGCGUUAAACGGAAACGACCGGGCAAUCAGGUACUACCAGAAGAAAUUCGAGGCGGAAAACAAGUGUAAGAAAAAUUCUAAUGUUAAAAUCUAA